AAUGUCUUACGAGUUGCAGCUCAUUAAAAUCUGUGGUUGCAAGAGAUAUUUUUUCUAUUUAGGCAGAUUUAUGAACCCAUUCGUAAUAUAUCUGCUUUACAGCACCGCAUUUAAGGAAAUCUGUUUGGUUGUCUAUUUCUUUUUUGUAACAUUGUUACAAAUGCAUGUACAUCUUACACUGUUGGUAAGCCUGUUUAGUUCCACUUAAAUGGUCCUACAUUUGUAAGGAAAUUAAUUUUUUGUGGAUUGAGCAGCAGAGCUGAAUAAGUUGCCUCCAGGAAAGAUUUGCCUUCUCUGUCAAUGCCAAACAGCUUAUUCAGCUGUUAACUCUUGUUUGGUGUCCUUUAUUGGACUGAAUCAUUGAAAUCUGAAGAAACACCACAUGAUGGCAACUAUGCUAAUAACAAAAGACGACUAAUGUGGCACUCAGAUAAUUGUUAAUAGUUGAAUGACCAAUGUUGACGUCUAUGAUACCUGUUUAAGACUUUAAUGUUGUUCAAACGAGAGCUUUACACAUCUCUUGAAAAUUCUCCAAAAAUGUCGUUCAGUGUGAUGACGAUGAACUUCAGCUGUUAGUGAGGGAAGGAGUGAUGAAGUUCUCCGUAAGCUCGAAGAGGCCAAGAUGACACUGUUGGUAUCAAUAUUUAACACAUUUAGAUAUUUUUAGUAUUGAAUAACUAUUCAACUAUAUCAAACUAUUGUUUUGUAUUUCUUUUUUUUUUUCAUUAAAAAUAAAUUAAAAUUAGGAUAAGAAAUCUAUUUUAGCUUCUGUGAUGUUAUGGGCCUCGCUCUAUUAGUGCCUUUACAACAUUAGAGAAUGUGGGACUUGUUGGUUGACUUAUAUUAGAUCUCCGUGGGGGCUCUGUACACAGGUGCACACUUUCCUGCAUGUUUCUCACACAGCACGCUGGUGUUCUCGGUUGGGUUUUGCUAUUGGUUGCGACCGGUUUGCAAACUAUGAGUUGGCACACUACCACUAGGAUGUACUAGUGUAACUAGGUUGAUUGUACUAAGAGUAUGACACAUUCAAGGAGCUAGUAGCCAGCUCAAAUCAUUUUAGCCAAACACACAGCUCUAGAUUGGAUUGCAGGAUGCAGGACAAUUCAGCUGAUUAUGUGAAUAGUUUCCUUCUGUUUGUCCACAUCAGAAUCGCAUGAAUGUAUUUGUGAAGAGCUGGAGUGCAGCCCAAUGUUUUGACAUUUCAGCAUACACAUCUGAGUAUCAUGCAUUGCCUUAAUUCACAUGCGUGCGCAUUGUCGAAAAAUUCUACCACAUAUGUAGGAGUCGUCAGUUCAUUGCACAGAUGACAAAAGCUAAGCAAAUAAUGUUUAUUUAAACAUAAGCACAUUUUUCUUUUUACUGAUUAUUGGUUAAGGUUAGGGAUAGGGUUAUGGCUCAUCUCACAAUGUAUGGAUAACCAUACGUAAGUGGUUACACCUGAUGUUCAGCAGCGACUUCCUGCACCUUAAUGGUGGGCAUAAAUACAUGUUGCAGCAGUGUGAAAAGCAAACAGUGUGGAGGAUCUUUCCACAGUGUUUAGACAAAGGAAGCCAACAUCUGGUUCAGUAAAUCAAUAAAUGUUCUGAUGACAAACUCAUUAAGUGGAUCAGGAUCUUGUACCAAGAGCAGUUGUGAAUCUAGUGGUUUGGGUCCUUUACAAUUCACAAAGAGCCUCUCCAAUCAGCAUUUAUUAUGUUAUAGAUAAUUGAAUAAUACAAGAUAAGUCUAGUUAAAUGACAGAACAUUGAUCUGGAAAUGGAAGAGAUUAUAUUUAUUUACAUAACAAUGUCAAAGAUCAAGCUGAGUGGUUAUAAAGUUGGCUUCUUUGUCGUUUCAAACAAGAAUAAUACUUUCUGCAUCUGUGAGUCAGCUAGAGGCUACUCCGGUCCGAGUCGCAUGAAUUUCAUCAGCGCGAGUAGUCCUAUAGACGUCCAUGUUGUUGUCUGUUUUUAUGACUUUGUGGGUUUGUCAACAAGGUCUAGUGAUGGGCAAAGCAAGGCUUUGUGAAUCACUGAAGCAUGUUUGUGCCGCAAUUGUAUCGAGGCUUCGAACUCAUCUCCACCACGACACCUUUGGCCAAUUUGGGUAUCCCUACAUCUUGAUAAUGCUAUUCUGUGAAACAAUGACACAGGCAAGCCCAGCACAAUUACAAAUGAGCUACUUACUAUACCAGACUGUCAAAAACUGUGAUUAACACGUUUUGGAGAAAUCCCCACACAAAGACUGCAUCCUGUGAUUGUGCUGAUCAGUAUGCUUCAGCAAAACUCUCCAUCUGUUAAUAUUCGUGUUGGUCACAGUAAAUCCAUUUAUAAAGUAAAACAUUUUUAGAAAAGACAGCCAAGUUUACUGUAAUAACCACACAGGUUUCCAGCUGUUUUUGGUUGACUAUUAAGUUUUUGGGGGUGUAUGUCAACAGGCUUGUUCUACAAACUGUCAAGCAAAGCUAGAAGCUGGCAAAGCAUUAGCUUUUAUUUUGAAUUAUUAAAAGAAUAUAUAUUUAAAUGAAAAUGCUAUGUGCUUUCCUUUUUUGUAAGUUAACAUGUGUUAUGUUUUUUGACCAAUCCUCAUCCUCUGCUGAGCAACUUCUAACCAUGCGAGCCUCCUGUUGUUUUUGAGAUAUUCACAACGGAAGCGUCUGCGAGAAUAAAAAGGAAAACAAAAUAUUCAUCUGUCAUGAAAAUUGUUAAGAAAUACAUCAUCUGUAAUUAGUGGAUGUGUUUUUCUAGCUUUUGUUUUUACAGUAUGAAUAUAUUCUUUAUGGUGUGUGUGAGUAACGCAGUGUAUGACGUCACUUGACGGAGCAAAUAACAUUUUCUGUUGAAAGUAGAAAAAUACUAGAAAACUAAGUCAGAACUGAAAAUUUAUCCGUGUUUUAUUUCCUCGAUGAAAGCAGAGGUGGUGUUUAUUGAGAUAAUUUCAUGAUUUUAGAGCGCAGUGUGCCACUCUCUCUCUGCUGAUAGGAGUGAAUGGAGUUCACCCAACAGUCUCUGUCUCUCGCUUUCUCUCAUCUAUAUGCCAGUAAUUAAAAUAAGAUAUUUAUGUUAUUUAUAUAUCUAUAUAGUGUUUAUUUCACUACAUUUUGGAUUCCAUUGUUUAGGUGCUUGGAUAGUCUAUAUUAGUUUCACACAAUCCACAUCAAGCUCAUAGGCAGAUGGAAAGAGACAGAGCUGGUUCUUUGAAGAAACUCUUACAGAACUGUCAGCAAAAUUGCUAAUAUGAUGAAAGUCAUUUUUCAGGCUCAGAAUGGACGUUUUGUAGACAGAUAAAAUGAUCUGUCUUUUGAUAGUUCACAGUGAGCCUGUGUCUUCUUAUUUGUCAAAAAAUUUAGUUUUUCUGUCAUUUUAAAUAAUUUGUUAAACAAAACUUUUUCAAUAAUUAUUAUUAAUGUAUUUUUGGGAGUUGGCCAACUUCCUUUUAGCCUAAAUCUUUAAGUUAUUUUAGCUGGGUGUAGUUCUUUCACUCAGUCAAGUGUUUUCCUCACAUAAACUUUACAUUUUAAUUUCAUCUGAGAGAACAACAUUCACUCUGUUUAUGACUGAAAAUCUCCUUGUCCUUAUUUUGAAUGUUGCGUUGCCAUUAGCGAGCUAGACAUGGCCUUUCCCUCUUGUGUUUUUUCUUUUGGCAGGCUGACAAAGUUUUGUUGUUCAGGUCCUUUUCCUCUCCAGAAACACGUGUUUCGUUGUCAAACUCUAACGUCUCCAUCAUACACUGCAGCAGGUGACGGUAGACCUUGUUCUUAUCUGGUGAUCUGCUGUGAGCUGGAGAACCUGUAGCAAAUGGAGAAGAAUGGAACAGAAACUAAGCCAAAUUCAUUGAAGGAUUAUGGUUUCCAGCUCCAGCCAAACAUGAUAGUUAGAGAAUUGUUUUUGACAAACAAUGCAGUCACAACCAAGGAGUAGUCUGUCAGAAUUUCUCCUUCAGCCACUCAGUGACUCCUUCAGGUCCUGUUUCAAUAAACUCUGUUUGCUGUAGGCAUGUGACGUCAGCCUCUUUAUUGUAGUUAAUCAAUUUACAGCACAGUCUUACAUGCCUCAUUUGAUGUUAUUGAUUUAUAGCUGACAGAGGGAGCAGUUGUUUUUUUUUUGUUUGUUUUUUUUAAAAUAAUACAAGUUAGAAAAAGUAGAUUAACAAAUUAUUGUAGGGGGAGAAGUGGACAUAAGCAUCACCAUGAAAAUUGAAAAUAAAAUAAAAAUUAAGCUAUUUCAUAUCUCUCUGUUUUCUCAGCUUCACUGAACUUGACUCCCUUUUAACUAUCUAGUUUGUGUGUUAUUAUACCCCUCAUAAUACAAGGAGUUACUGAUCAUACAUUAUUACCGGCUGUGUACAAAAGGGUUAGGUUUGUGUAUGGGAUUUCCUAUGCCCCCCGAAUGCACCAUCGGGGUGCAUGUCCGCAACUUUAGUUCAGAGACAAACGGCAGCCAAACAACGGACAGUGUGUGCGUUCAUAAGACCAAACCACACACACACACACCCACACACACUCUCUCGCCCAGCUGCGGGCACAUUCUCAAUUGGAAAUACAAAGAAUGACAACUUUAUUCCUGGACUCUGCCUGUUUGUUCCUCUCACAUCUGAACAUUUGCAAGUGUUCUGACCCGACACUCUGAAGUGAUUGCUGCCAGCUCAGAUUUCUUUAACCCUUCUGAACAUUUGGUCCUUCGAGCCGGAGGUGAGCAACUGCUUCAGCCUUAUAUGUUCAGAAUGGAAGACCGAUACCCAUACAGAGAGUCUGACCGUCCGCACAGACAUAGCAAGCUGCCAUCAUACCUCCAGAACUAUGAAGUGGACGACCUCGCUAAGAACCGACUCUCACAUGAUGAUCAGGGCAAGCAUUCUACUCAUCCUGAAAUUCUCCAAUAUAUUCAUCAUAUGAAAGAGGAACACAAUCAACUCCGACUAGAUGUGCAACGCCUGACAGAAUUGAUCUCUAGCUCACCUGUACUAGCUCCACAGCAUGCCACAUCACGGUCUGGACUUUGUGAGGAUGGGACGUCAACCACACCUGCCCACACUAGUAAGCUGGUGCCAAUCAAAGGUCAGAAGAGCCCACAUCAGCCUGAAAGUGCUCCACAGGUGCCAUUUGGGGAUGAGUCUCAACAUCCAAAGGACAGCCAGCAUGGCUUGAUUGAGGAGCUCACUCACAGUUUAAAUGACGCAGAUCUUGACAGGGAGCGCAGCGCACAGUCACCAUCACCUUCAGUCGACUCAUGCCCUGAAUCUCAAGAUUUUCUUUCACCAAUCACACCAGGUGAGAGGCCCCCUCCACUUCAAGCGUCAGCAGCAAGGGGACGGUCACCAUAUCAUGCAGAACAAAGAAGGGUUGAUGAGGUGUAUGCUCGUCGCCACAGGAACUGCAGUCAGCCUGCCACUCCUCCUAGAUUGCCAAAGCUAGGGGCCUGCUAUGAAGAUGAUCCAUACUACAGACAAGAUGACAGGUAUCCUACCCCUGGUCACCCAAGCUGCCCUGACAGUCACUAUCGUUCUCCUUAUGGAUAUGGGUAUCAGGAUUCGAGUUAUCCGUACAGGCGCUGUGGUAACUAUCCAGAUGACCGCCGACAGUGUCCACCCGAUCGCCUGCAACCAGGUGGGUGCCCUCAGACACCACUCUCUCUCAGUGGGUCGCCCAACCGAUAGAGACUUAUCGUGGACCUCAACCAAUGAUCCCCUACCUUGUGCACGAGGACCCACGUGAGUUUGCAAGAUUAAAGUUAGCUCUAGAUAGCAUACUUCCACUUGAUGCUCCUGAACACUUCAAGUUCCAGAUCUUGACAGAUCACCUUAAGUGUGAAGAUGCACUACUUGUAGCUGACCCAUACAGUAACAGUCCAUUCCCAUUUGCUGACACCAUGAGAGCACUUACAGAAAUGUAUGGGCAACCUCAACAUCUGGCCUUAAAAAGGAUUACCAAACUGAUGGAUGGACCCAACAUUAGGAGUGGUGACAUCAGAGCCUUCAAGUCUUUCGCACUACAAGUCCGUGCGCUAGUGGGUAUGUUACACCAGUUGGGAGAACAAGGUCGGACAGAGUUGAGGUGUGGCUCACACGUAUCUCGCCUCUUAGCUAAGCUACCUUAUGACCUAAGAGCAAAUUUCCAGAGAUUUGUCAAUCCCAUCAACACUCCUAUACCAACACUGCUUGAUCUGGCUGAAUGGCUUGAGUAUGAGGUGCGUGUCCAGGUAAUUGGAGACCAAUAUUGU